AUAUCCAAUGCUGUCACUCUCACUCUUGCUCCAAACUAUCAUCCCCUUCGUUCAGCUUCCUCAGACCUUCACCAAAAAUCCUCCAUCUUCAUUUCCCUUCAUCCACUCUCUUUUCAAUGGCCACUCUCUUUAGUUUUCACACCACCCUUCGCCCCUCUUGCUAUCUUCCCUCAUCACUCUCCUCACCUUAUCUGCUGCUACCUCCACACCCCUUCUCCAACACCCUCUCCACAACUUUCUUGGGCCACACUGUAAGCCUCAAAUAUGCUGCCACUUCCACAACCAACACUGGCCGUUCACUCUCUGCUCGCAUGUCAUGGGACGGUCCUCUCUCUUCCGUCAAAUUGAUCAUUCAGGGUAAAAAUCUCGAGCUGACUGAUGCUGUGAAGGAGCAUGUGGAAGAUAAGGUGGGAAAGGCCGUUCAGAAGCAUACUCACCUAGUGAGAGAGGUUGAUGUGAGGCUUUCUACUAGAGGAGGAGGUGAAUUUGGAAGAGGACCCAGAACUCGUAGGUGUGAGGUGACUUUGUUCACUAAGAGGCACGGAGUGUUGCGGGCUGAGGAGGACGCUGAAAGCACCUAUGGAAGUAUAGAUUUGGUAUCAUCGAUCAUUCAGAGAAAGUUGAGGAAAAUAAAGGAAAAGGAGUCAGAUCAUGGUCGCCACAUGAAGGGUUUCAAUAGGUCGAAGGUUAGGGAGCCGGUGGAGCAAUUACCUGUGGUAGAGGAUGAAAUAUUAUCCCCAGAGGAGGAAGAAGAAUCAAUUGAUGAGGUUGUUCGCACAAAGUACUUUGACAUGCCACCCUUGACUGUGUCUGAAGCAAUAGAGCAACUUGUAAAUGUUGAUCAUGACUUCUAUGGUUUUCGAAACGAAGAAACUGGGGAAAUUAAUAUUGUGUAUAAAAGAAAAGAAGGUGGAUAUGGACUCAUUAUACCCAAAGGUAAUGGUGAAGCAGAGAAAUUGGAGCCUGUUGUGCUUGAACCAGCUGUAGAACCCUCCCUGAAAGAAUGAUAUGCACCUGCAAGAAAUUGUUUUUGUUAGAAUAUAUAAGAGCUUGUACAUGAUUAGCGGAUACUAAUGGCAGUUUCUUGGAGCCAGUGCAGAGGCAAUUUCAGUGUAGUCUCUGAUCUUUGAAAGUGCAAAAUGAAAGGGAUGCACCACUUUGUGCGCACUGUAUUUGCAUAUAAUUUCCAGAAUCUCUCUUCUCCACACAAUUUCAUCGCUGGUUUUGUUCUGUUUCUUGUCUAUUGCUUAUUCAGAUUA